CUCCAAAAUAUUACCCCCCCUCCUUUCUCUUUUCUCCCCCCCUCUCUCUCUCUCUCUCUGCUUUUUUCAGCUUCACAUCCCCCAACUCCAAAGCCCCAAACCUCUCUCUCUCAAACUCAAUUUCACAUCCCCACCCCAAAAAAACCCUAAAAACCUCUGAUCUUAGCCGGUCCCAUUUCUCGCCGGCCCCCCAAAACAUAAGCCCAGCUUCGACCCGACCCGAAAUCGGCGCCGAUCCGAUCCGGGCUCCUCCCAUUACAGCACCCGAACUCGGAGCUCGGAGAAGAGUCGGGUCGGAGACAGAGCGAGAGAGAGAGAGGCAGGAUAGAGUAAGGGGCGGAGAAAUGUACAAGAACCAGCUGCAAGAGCUGGCCCAAAGGAGCUGCUUCAAUUUGCCUUCCUACACGUGCAUUCGGGAAGGUCCAGACCACGCGCCCAGGUUCAAGGCCACCGUCAACUUUAACGGCGAGAUCUUCGAGAGCCCUCACUACUGCUCCACCCUCCGUCAGGCCGAGCACUCCGCCGCCGAGGUCGCCCUCAACUACCUCUCCAAUCGCGGUCCUUCUCACUCUCUCGCCGCUAGGAUUCUGGAUGAGACGGGGGUUUACAAGAACCUCUUGCAGGAAAUUGCUCAAAGAGUUGGAGCUCCAUUGCCGCAAUACACAACAUUCAGGUCUGGCCUUGGCCACCUACCUGUUUUCACUGGGACAGUUGAAUUGGCUGGAAUCACAUUUACAGGGGAACCUGCUAAGAACAAAAAACAAGCUGAGAAGAAUGCAGCAAUGGCAGCUUGGUCAUCUUUGAAGCAAUUGGCAAAGGAAACUGCGAGUUCUUCAUCUGAACCAGAGAACAAUGAUGAGCUGGAACAAAUCACUAUAGCACGAGCCUUGCUUACUUAUCGUUUGAAGGAAAAGAUGGCAAAUCCAACUGCUCCAAUACUAUUUCCGAAGAAGUUUCCAGUUCAUAACGCCAGACCUACAAGUCCACAGCCUCCAUCUGCUCACACCUCAAAAAUACUGCCCUUAAUUUGCCAAAAGCAAGCUCCUCGCAGCAGACUCCAAUCAAAUGCAACAAAUGAUAAUCGUAUCCCAUCAUCACAGCCUUCUCCACUAGAAAGCCGUGUUUUGCGUCCCAAUAGAUUCCCUGCUGCAGGAGCAGCUCCCUAUGUUCCCAUCCGACAAUUGAGGACUCCUUGCCAUGGGAUUGCACCGCCAGUGACAAUAAGGACAGCAGUGCCUGUGUUCUCGGCACCACCACUUCCGCCACCUCCUGUGAUGCCCUGCCAGGCAAUGCGUGUCCCACCACUACGAGUGGCUCCACCUGUCACUAUGAGGCAGGCUGUGCCUGUAUUUUCUGCUCCACCGAUUAGAAAAGAUGAUCCACCAACCACUCGGAAAGAAGAUCCUCCAAUCAUUGUGAAAGAAGAUCUUCCAGUCAUUCGGAAAGCAGAUCCUCCUGCUGUUAUUGCUUCUUCCCCACAGAAUGAUUUGAUAGCUCAAGUAGAGGAAACUGGAAGCGCAUCUUCAAACAGUUUGCAGGAAUCCAAGACAGUGCAAAGCUUGGAACAACUAAAAAUUUGAUGGUGAUCGGGGAGAACGUAGUGUAUGGGAGGAAAAAUAGUUGUGCUGCCCUUAAGUUUGUUUUGUCAUAUUUCUCAUCUUAUUAUAUGUGUUUUAUUUUCUUGCCCAUCUUUUCUUAAUCUUCUACCCUUUUUUAUUUUGUUUAAAGGUACAAGUUGGCAGGUUGGUUUAGAAUUAGCAAUCUCAUAUUUAUGCGAUUUAAGAGUAGCUAUGUCAGUUUUGCUCUUCAGUUACUAAAUUCUGCAUUUAGUUGUAAUAUUCAUGCCAUUGAAGAAGAGCUUUGUGCUGGAGAUUAGGGAGGGAGGAGACAUGAUAUAUAUAGCAUAUCAUAUUAUUAAUUCAAA